UAUAUAUAUACAGAUAUACUGCCUUAUACUUUUAUCAGAUACUAUUUUCCGAGUUUCGUAUACAAUUCCCUGAAAUUUAGCUACUCAAAAUGCUUCCAAAUGAUUCGGCGAUUACUUCUUUUCGAAUGAAAAGAAAUAGUGUUAAGGAGUCCGAAAACGAAAUGACUGGUAUCAAGACUAAGACAGGUUUUUGCAAAAACUUUGAAUUCGGUUCGAAAGUUAGUGGCCUCUUAGCCGACGUUAUGGGAGACAUGCCGGAUCCCAGAAAAUCAGGAGCUCUUUUGGCCGUGAUUAGUCAUAUUGGACAAGCUGGUAUAAAUGUCACGUCUACAGCUCUAGAAUGUGAUGAUUCUAAAUUUGAAGACAUCAAAAUACUGAUGAAAAAACGAUUUAAUACAAUAGAUAAGAAAUUUGAAAUACAUGCAGAAGCUUUAGAAGAUGUUUCUCAUAAAGUAAGUGAUCUGUUAUAUAAAUUUGAUAGUUACCAGAUGUUCCGCGGGCAAAAAAUAGUGACAUCUGAAGUAAUAGGUAAUAAAGAGAUUAAGUCAAUUAUAAAUAAUAUAAAUAUUUUCAAUAAGUACUACGAAGAAGCUAGAGAAGAACUUAACGGAUAUGGCAAAGAUGAGUACUUCGAGGAAUUAAGCAAAGAAAAAAGCAUUUUGAAUACAUUAGAAAACUAUUCGGAUUCUAGAAACAGUUUGUAUUCAGCUUUGUACGAGCUUAUAGAUAGGAGCGACAACUACGCGAUUCCCGAUGAUGCUACAGAUGAUAACGCUUUCCUGGUAUUGUAUGCUCUGUUUCAUGGCACACAGACUUAUUUUGCUGUUAAAGUUCUUCUUAUAAAGCAACGUGCUUAUCUUGCAAACUACUAUUACGAACUGGGGGAUUUCGAAGGUUUCAACACACAGCUUCGAGCUAUAAAGUCCUUGACAACAAAGUUUAAAGACUCCCUUUUCACCGAUGUUAUAAGUAUAAUAAAUCAAGUAAAGAACAAAAGUUUCAUAAAUGAUGUGAAAAACGAAUGGUACAGAGGCAUUUCCGAUACUAUUCUGCUUGAUCUGAAGGAAAGUGUGGAAGAGAUUGAUUUAAACAUGAUCGAUCAUGAUAAGGAAAUAGUUGAAGUAAAAUCCAUCAACUUCUCACAGUCUGAUAUAACUUCCAAAUAUGGCGACUGGAAAGACAAGUCAACAGUAAGUUAUGCGGUGCAGUUAAGAAAUAAGAACAAGUACUCAAAAUUCAGUCGUUGGUCUGAGGCAGAAGAAAUUGGAGAUAAAGCUAACCCCAUGAUUACAGUUCCUCAAGAUAAACAAGGAAGAGAGAGACUUAUAUUCCGAAAGUUUGAUAAGGGCUCCAUCCAGUUUGUUGGUGUCCUAAUGGGCUUAGAAACAAGCUUUAGAGACAUAAAUAGAGAUCUCUAUAAUGCUGUUGGAAGGGGGGAUCAAGAUUUGGCCUAUAACCAAACUAAACUACUUAUUGAAAACGGAGCUAAUAUUACCGCAUUGUUUGAGCAUAAACGAAACAUGAUACACGCUGCUUCUUCAGCUGGUAAUGAUAGAGUUGCAGCUGAUUUUCUAUUCGGUGAGCUCGAUGUUAAUUCUAAGGACAAAAUGGGAUACACUCCCCUCCAUUUAGCAGCUGAAUCAAAUCAAAAAGUGUUUAUACGUGAGCUAAUUAAACAGAACGCUAAUGUAAACGUACAAGCUGGAGUGGAAAAGUUAACUCCUUUGCAUGUUGCUGCUAAAAAUGGAUACUUGGAGUCGGUGAAAGAAUUAAUGAAAUCUAAAGACCUAUCAAUUGACGCAGUGGACAAAAAUGGAUUCACAGCUUUGCAUCAUGCUAUACAUAAGAAAGAUAAUUCUAGAAUUCUUCACGCUUUAAUGAGUAACACUGAUAUAAACGUCAACAUCAAAACAAAAUUAGGCUUAGCUCCUUUACAUUUAGCUGCUAUAAAUGGUUUUUCCAAAGUAAUAGAUGCGUUAGUUACUAGUACCAAGUUAGAGAAUAUUAACGAAACCAAUGAUGACGGUGCAAAUGCCUUGCAUUUUGCGGCCAUGGCUGGAAACUAUUUUGCUGUAAAAAAACUGCUUUCAAUGGAUAACAUUGGAAUCAAUCAAGUCACUUUCAAAAAUAAAUUGACGCCUCUGCAUUUUGCUAUCUAUUUCAAGAAUGGAAAUGUAGCGUCUCAAUUACUGAAAGAUCCCAGAAUUGAUAUAAAUUUAGUUGGUCGGGGAAACAUCACUCAUUUACACCUAGCUGUUGCCUCUGGAGAUUUACAAACAACUUCUAUCUUACUAAGCAAAGGAGCAGAUAAGGAAGCAAAAAUCGAAGAUAGCGGUUACACCGCUGUCCAUCUUGCUAUGUUGCGCAGUAAGCCAGAUGCUUUACUUUUUUUAAUCAAUAAUAAUGCAAAUUUAAAUGCUCAGUCAAACGAUGGUUCCACUGCUCUACAUUUAGCCUGUAAACAUCGAAAAAUGGAAUUCCUUGACGUGCUGCUCGAAGCAAAUGUCGAUGCAAAACUUACCGAUAAAAACGGUUAUUUAGCCAUUCAAAUCUCAAUCGAGAAUAUGGAUUUAAAUUUUGUGCGAGCUAUUGUAGAAAAAAAUCUCAAUAUAGUAGAUGAGGAAACAAAGGAAGGCAGGUACGUCAAGGCAUUGGCACACGAAAAAAGUUUUCGCGUUAUGUAUCACUACCUUAAAAACAGGGAUUCACCAGAGUAUGAUAAAUAUUACGGAUUAGAACCAGUUGAAGUCUUCAGAAAGCUAGGCGUACACGAUCUUUUUGAUAUUAUAUUGAAUCCUAGCAACGAUCCAGAACAAAAUAGAGAAGAAUCGGUCAGAUAUAUUUAUGAAAAUAUUGUUUUGCCAUGCAUGAAGAAGGAAAAGAAAGGCACUCCUUGUGAGCUUGGCAAUCCUAUGAAUAGCCGUCUGGAACGUAGUAUUGAAUUACAUGAUACCAAUCUAUUUCCAAAGUUUUCCGCUAAUUUUUUGCCAGAAAAAGGUUUUGCUUCACAUUCAUUGGAAUCAUCAAGUAAUAAAAAUUCCUUUUCAAGCUCAGCAAGCAAUGUUUUGCAAAAUGCAAAUGCUAAUAGCGUAUUGCUUUUGAUAGAUCUCUUGGUAAGGAAAUUCGCAAAUAAAAAACACACUUCACCUGCCAGGAGAGAAAUAUCUAGUUCAGAUUCUCGAGCCAAAGUGUUGAUAUUGAUUGAAAAAUUCGAAAAGCUUAUCGAUUCAAUGAGUCCAAGUCCCGCAAAGGAAUUAAUAAACUUAUCGGAAGUCAGCUCAAAAGUUUAUAAGGCACUAGAAAAUGAAAAUUAUAGUCAAAUUGAGGACAUUUUACGCUUCUACAUUAAAGAAUUUUUGAAACCUGAUGAAGUUUCAGCUUUGAUAUCAAAAUUAAAUCUAGAUGAAUUUUUCGAUGCCUCUUUCUCAAUCGUCUUUAUACUUCAGUCGUUGCAAAAACUCGACCUUUGUGUAAAAGUGCAUGUUGAAGAAAUGGCUGCUGCUUUGUCUGUAACGAAAAGAGACGAAGAUUCAGAAUAUGAAGAAGGUAUGCAGGAGAUAGAAGAUCGUAAACAGACUUGCAAGGCUUUAGAAUACGCUGGUCAUGUAACGGGUCUCGUUACUGACCUGAUUGACGAUAUUCCAGAGAUCCCUUUUGUCACCGACACAAUGAAAAAAGCAGCCUCUGGGAUAGCAAUGGCGGCACACAUAGCCCAGUUCGGCAUGAACAUUCAAGCAACCACUUUGGAGUGUGAUGAUGUAAAUACUGAUGAGAUAAAGUUGAUUAUGGACAAGAGAUUCAAUGAAGUUGACCGGAAACUUGACAGGAUGACUGAAGCCUUGGAAGAGGUUUCACGAAAGGUCAGUGAAACUUUGUUGCUUGUUGAUAGAACAAGAGAAGAAAUGAAUAAGGGUUUUCAAAACAUUUUGGCUACUUUAAAAAAUAUGGAUAUUGAGGGCGUAGUAAACAGGAUCUACAGUUUUUCUCGGUAUUUUGAAGAAAAAAGGGACGAAUUAAGCAGUUUAGAUAAAGAAGGAUACAUUUUCAGAUUGACUGAAAAGGGCGGUGUACUUGAUUACCUGAAAAAAAUUAGGACGCCAGAAGGGUUACAUUCUGAUUUACUUAAACUUAUGGAUGAAACCUAUAACUAUGCGAUUCCUGAGGACGCGGGAGAUGCAAAAUCUUUUCAAGCUUUAUACGCUUUGAUAUAUGGGAUACAAACAUAUGGUUCAGUCAUGUUUUUUCUUCUGCAGAAGCAUACAUAUCUCGCUGACUACUAUUACCAGAGAGGAGAUACUACAGCAUUCAACAACCAGAUAGAAAUACUAAAGACAACCUUAAGGGAGUUUCAGACUUCUCUUACGGGUAAAGGUCCUUUACGGAGUUAUACAGAAAUACAAUUUUCGUUAGAGCCUACAUCACUGAUUCAAAAAGUUGAAGCCAUCUUAAGAAGAGUAAAAAAUAAGCCUUUUUACAGCGAUGCUAAACUUAGUUCAUUUAAAGAAAUCGAAAGCCAAUUGGACGCACUGUUUGAACUUAAAUCAAAAAUUAGGUCGAUGGAGCUGAGCAUUAUAUUUGACACACCAAAAGGUAUAUCUGAUUAUGAAUUCAAAAAGCCUAUUAUCAAGUCUGAGUAUGGUGUCUGGGAUAAUAAGGCAAAAGUCAGGUAUGCCGUUCAACUGAGAGGCAAUGGUAGUUACUCAAAAUUUAGCGAGUGGUCAGAACCUUUAAAAGUAGAAGGCAAGGCGAAUCCAACCCUUAUUGUUCCCGAAGACCAGCAAGGGAGAGAACGACUGGUAUAUCGAAAGGUUAAUGAUGAUACCCCUCAAUUAAUAGGCAUUUUGGAUAAGAAUGUAAUCGAAUUUAGAGAUAUUGACAGAGAUCUUUACAAUGCUGCUAAAAGAAAAGAUCAAAGCUUAGCUAUGAAAGAGAUUGAUAUGCUGUUAUCAAAGAAUGCUAAUGUUUCUGCUGUUUUUGAUCUAGGUAGAACGCUCCUGCAUUCUGCUGCUGAAAGUGGAAAUGUAUUAGUAGCAUUACGAUUUUUGAUCGACACUGUGGUUUCUGACAAUGGAAAUGGUACAAAUGAGGCUCCUUUAACGGUAAAACCAGGACCCAUAAAUGUUGAUGCGAAAGAUCAAAAAGGGUAUACCCCUAUGCACGUGGCCGCAGAAACAAGAAAUUCAGGUUUUAUAAGUCUGCUCAUAACACAUGGAGCGAAAGUAAAUGAACAAACUUUUUCAGAUAAGUUGACUCCAUUACACAUAGCAGCCAGAGAAGGGCACUUCAAAGCAGUUCGUAACUUAAUAAAAGACGAAGCCAUUGAAAUUAAUAAACCUGAAAAAUCAGGUUACACUCCUCUACAUUUCGCUGUCAAUGGUGGAGUUAAAGUUAUUAAUCAGUUACUUACUCACAAAGAUAUUUUAGUUGAUGCAAAGUCUGAAAAUGGAUUCACACCAUUUCAAUUAGCUGUCAUGAAAGGUGAUCGCUACGCAGCAGAUGCUUUGAUUAAAAGUGGAAAAGUUGAUAUUAAUGCUGGAAACGAGGAUAACAUGACUCCUUUGCACAUGGCAGCCAUGUCUGGGAAUGAUGAUAUGGUAAACUUCUUGUUAUCUCAAACAAGUAUCGAUGUUAAUGCAUUGUCAACAAGUGCUAGCUGGACCCCAUUGUACUCAGCUGUAUAUUUUAAAAAGAAAGGUGUAGCGUUUGAAUUAGUGACAAAAUCUGAAGUGCAUAUAGCAUCGAGAGACAGUGGCACACCUUUACAUGCUUCCAUAGCAACUGGUCAAGUUAAAGUGUUUGAAAAGUUAUUAGAAAAGCAAGCGAAUAUAGAGGCGCAGACUAAUGAAGGUCUUCGUCCUCUUCAUCUAGCAGCUAUGCAAGCAAAUCCGGAAUUCCUUUCGAAACUAAUACACAUGAAUGCAGAUAUUAACGUAGUAUCACACGAUGGAUCAACUCCUUUACAUUUAGCUUCAAAUUCGGCAAACUUAAGCAAGUGGAGCUUCUAUUAAACAAAGGAGCCAACACAAAGAUACAUGAUCAAGCUCAAUUGCACGCAAUUCAAUAUGCAGCCAUCAAUAUGGAUUUCAAAAUCAUAAGAGAAUUUAAACGAAACAGCGCGGCUGCGCUUCGCACUACGGAGCUUCUGGCUUUCUGUGAUGAAUACAUAUUUAGAAUUAUGUACCAUUAUUACAAGUAUAAGGAUUCAGUGGAAUAUGGAAAAUACAAAAAUUUAUCUCCCUUCGAAGCUUUUCGCGAAUUAGGAGUAUAUGAGUUUUACGAUGAAAUUGUUAAUAACCGAGAUAUUACAAACACGACAGUAACUAAUAUAUUUGAAAACGAAGUAAAACCCUGCAUCGAGAAAGAGAAAACUCACAGUAAACUUAUCGAAUGUUUACAUGAAUUAUUCAUUCCGGAAGAUACAACAGACAAAUACAAGUUUUUAAUGAUGACUCCAUACCGGUCAGGGUCUAUUACGCACCCUCCUCCGGAAACUCGUUCCAUUAAGAGUUCUGAUGCAUUCAAGCCUCAGAUUCAAGGGAUUAAUGAAAAGGGAAAUUCAUUCUAUAAAUCUGAAAUUUAUAUGAAACAAAAUGGUGAUACGAAUGGGUUAUUAAUUUUAUUGGAUGUUUUUGUGAGAAGACUCACCAACGAAAAACAUAAUUACAAUCUUUAUGGGGGAGUAUCAAAUCUGGAAGCUCAAGCUCAGUCGUUAGACAUCGUUGAAAAGUUCAGCAACCUUGUAAAUAACACAGCCGUGGAUGAGAUGAUUGAUUUAUCAGAAGUACACUCAAAAGUCUACAAAGCCAUUGCAAGUGGUAAUGCAUAUCAGGUUCCAAAGCUUCUUUGUGCUUAUGGAAAAGGUUUAGUCAAUCCUGAGAGGAUUAAAAAGCUGUUUCUACCAUCAACUAAGAAAUUUGUUCAGAAGAAACGUCUUGAGAAGUCUGCCUAUUUAUUCACUAAAUCUUGCUUAAUGGAAUCCGGCCGGGAAAAAGGUGAUAAUACUGGUAUCAAUUUGUGGUAAGAAUGCAAAUUACUUGCCAAAACUACUGUUAACUUUGGAAAACAAACAAUAUUUGCUGAAGCUUUCCUUUAUUAUCUGCACGCUUGUUCUUAAACUUACUCAAACCAUUUUAAAAUUUAAAAUUAAGGUUCAAUAAGUCCCAAUUUUUGAAAUUUUGGUAUCGCCUCUCUUCGUUUAAUUUUCACUGAAUACUUCUGUUUAAUUUCUGUAUCUACUUUAAAAAUAUUACGAUAUUGGUCAACAAAAAUUAAGAUUGGAAAAACCUUAUGAAUAUGGAAAAACUCUGGCAAUAAAUCUGAAGAAAACGGAAACAGAAAGUUUCAAUCAUAAGCAGUUUUUUCUCCUGUUUGAUUUAUAUGAAAUAAAUAAGCGGAACAAGGUUUUGAAUAUUGUCACUGCUAAUUUUGCUAAUCAAUCACUGUUAAUUUUGAUAAUCAUAAUUUAAAUCACUGCUAAUUUUGUUAAAAAUAAUUUUUAAAAAAAUAAUAAACUUAAUUUUCACAUAAAUUAAAAUUAAAUUAUAUUUCGACGAAUUUCAAACAAACAAUAAUGUGCCCUCUUUAACUUAUAUAUAAUUCAUUUGAAGACGUAGCAUAAUGUCAGAAAACAAGAAUGACAAAUAUUGAUAGAAUGAAUUAACUUAGCAGGAUUUUUGCAUUUUCACAAGUCCAUAAUUGGUAGCAAUGCACUUCAUUCUUCUUCACGCGAAGAAUUUUAAAUGAAUUUUUUGACAAUGUGAAAUAAAAAAAGGAAAAUAAUAUGAGAGUAUUGGAUAAAUUCAUACAUAUAAGUAAUGUAAUAAGAACUGAAAAUUUAGUUUAUGAAUUAAUAUUUGAUUAAGAAGUAAUUUUCCAUAUUUUUCAACAUUUUAGACCAAGUAUAUUAAGCCAUUCAGUAAAAAUUAAAGUUUAAUUACUUUUAAAUUUUCAUAUUGAUUUCCAUAAAGCAAUAAAUUUGAUUAAAUCCCGUUAUUUAGAGAUAUAAAUUAUCGAAAAAUCAUUGAAACAUCGAAUUUAUAAUUCCAAAGUAGUACCUUAAUGCAAACGUUGAGUAGAAACUUAGAUAAAUCAAUCAAAAUUUAAUGAAUAUACAAGCUCUGUUUGAUUUCAAAUUAAAAUUAUAAUUUUUUGUACUUAAUUUAAAUUAUUUAAAUUUAAAGUGUAAUCAGAAGUGUAAUAGACGAAGAUUGUACAACCCAUAUUCAUAUAAAAUUCUUAAGAAAUAAAGAAAAAAUUUUGAUAAGUUACUUAGCAUUUUCAAACUUGUGAUUCUUUGCAAAAGUGAUUGUUUCAUUGAAAUUUAAUAAUUUUUAAAUGAUUUUACCCUUUUUAUCACUUUAAACACUCUUUUUCUCCUCGCUAAUAAUGGUAGAGGGUAUGAUAUCAAUAAGCACAAAAAUAGACUCCCUAUAUAGUACAAGCGCACCCACUCACUAUCUUUUUGACUUAGAUAUUCCUGCAAAAUUAUUGACAUGUCAACCACUGCAUCUAUUUUAUGACGUCAAACACUAGUAUCUCUACAUGUUUAUCUCUUUUAGAAACAUUUCAAUACUGUCUGCACAAAAGCUUUACUCCUGGUUCUACACUAUUUAUUGAUUUAUCAGAAACUAUUUUUUUAGCUGGUCGUUGGUUUCCUUUUUGUUGGAUUUCACUGAACAUACUCGUGCAAUUCAUAGAUGUAUAAACAGAAAAUACUGAAACAUAGUCUGAAAUCCAUGUUUACGCGUGAAUUAUUCUUAUUUUCGUGACAGUUCUAGAACAUCGCACUUGUCAUACAACUUCGAUACAUGUUCCUGCAUUUCUUUGUUUGUUUCUUGCGUUGCAAUUUUAAGUGUUGAAGCCUAACACGAUCAGCUCAACCUCAACAGUACGGAAGAUGCUUGGUGUAAAGGAGAUUCCAUGCACUUGUUUGCGAAUAUCUUUAUAAAAACUUUUAUUGCCAUGUAUAAAUCUAUGAGCAAUAGAUUUUUAAGCAACAGAGAAUGUUGUGUUAAUAUUCUAUUAUUACGAAUUACUAAUAUUGUGAUAAGGAAUGAAUUAUAAUUCUUAACAUGUGUAUUUUCGAAACUAAUAUUAAACAUUUGAACAGUCA